UCUCGCUCUUCUUCCGGGUAGGAAAGUAUAGUUAGUCAGGUGUCGCCGUGCUCUCGCUCCACUUGUGCGCGGUCAUCAUGGUGAGUGUUCACACAUCGUCCAGCAGACCUUUCCACCUGGUUAUCUUCGGAGCCUCCGGGUUCACGGGGCAAUUUGUGGUGGAGGAGGUGGCUCGGACGGCGUCCGAGGGUCCGCGAGGGAGCCUCAAGUGGGCCGUGGCCGGCAGGAGCAGGCAGAAGUUGGAGCAAGUUCUGGAGCAGGCGGCCUCUGUCCUCGGAAAGCCCGAGCUGAGAACCGAAGUGGACAUUAUUGUUGCAGAUGUGGAGGAACCCGACUCUCUGGCCGCCAUGUGCAAGCAGGCAGUCAUUGUUCUCAACUGUGUUGGGCCUUACAGGUUCUUUGGCGAGCCAGUGGUUAAAGCCUGUGUAGAGCACGGAGCCCAUCACCUUGACAUCUGUGGGGAACCUCAAUGCUCUAGUCCACGUGUUUGUGUGCAGUUUCUGGAGGGCAUGCAAUUCAACUACCAUAACCUGGCAGCUGAAAGGGGCGUGUACAUCAUCGGAAGCUGUGGAUUUGACUCCAUCCCUGCAGACAUGGGGGUCCUGUACACCAGGGAACAGUUCAAGGGUACUCUAACUGCAUUGGAGAGCUUUCUGACCGUCGAUUCUGGCCCAGAAGGAGGAUGCAUCCACGAUGGCACGUGGCAGUCGGCCAUCUAUGGCUUUGCUGACAGCCACAAGCUUCAGAGUCUUCGCCGGAAGUUUGACUACAAACCUUUGCCUUCUGUUGGCACCAAGCUCAAACGCAGAGGUGCAUUGUUCUACAGUAAUGAGAUCCAGCAGUACACGGUGCCCUUCAUGGGUUCUGAUCCGUCAGUCGUCAAGAGAACACAGCGGUUCCUGGUGGAGGAAUAUCAGGACACUCCGGUCCAAUAUGGGGCCUAUGCGGGCGUUGGCGGCAUUGGCAGUGUCAUCAAAUUGUUGUUUGCCGGCAUGAUCUUCUGGUUAUUGGUCAAGUUCAGUUUUGGACGCAACCUCCUCGUUAAGCACCCAGAGUUCUUCUCCUUUGGACUCUUUUCCAAGGCUGGACCAACUCGUAAGCAGAUGGAAUCCUCCUCAUUUCGGUUCGCUUUCUAUGGAGAGGGUUAUACAGAGGGACUGGACCCCACUCAGGGGAAGCCUAACUGCAAGAUUUGCACCCUGGUUCAAGGACCAGAAUGUGGCUACGUGGCCACACCCAUUGCUCUAGUGCAGGCGGCUCUGACAAUCCUCAACGAAUCCGCAGCCUUGCCCAAGAGUGGAGGAGUGUAUACACCAGGAGCCGCCUUUGUGAAAACCACCCUGAUCAAGCGCCUUGACAAACACGGCAUCCAGUUCUCUGUCAUCUGAUAACGUUUCCUGUACGACACUGGGCUCCAGGUUUUACUUGAAGCACUUUGAAAGCAGCUGCAUAAUAACAACUAGAAUGUUUCCAAAUUUGGAACGCUCAUUCAUCAUGUCAGCCUUAACCAGAGAGUAAGCAUUGUCAGAUUACAUUCAAACAACACUUUUGUGACAAUGUCUUCACUUAUCUUUCUGCAGAAUGUAACAUUACUAAUAACUCAUUGCUCGCAACAAUAGCUCCUUAGCAUGAUCAAGUGCCAGCAUGAUUUUAGCUUGAGUAAGAAAGGAUACAAUCCUGGAUUUUGUUCUCAUACAAUCAUAAUUGUUUUAAACACGACAGCUUUCAAAACACUAGCAAGGCAGUUUGUGUGUUGUAGAGAAUAGAAGUCUAAUGUAUGUGUAUACUGUACUUACUUUUGUUAAAGGCAUGUUCUGCUGGUUUUUGGUAGGUAAUUCUUGG